AUGGAACGGAUGGAAUGUCGAUUCGACGAUGAUUGGAUUGCUCUGUCAUUUUCUUAUAUUUUCUUUAUCUUCUCUUCCCCCUCCAGAAUCGACUUCCGGCCCGAGAAGGGUGUCUACGAUCUGCACAUCACCAACACCUCGUACAGCCGGGACAACGGUCGGUUCGAGUGCCGAAUCAAAGCCAGUGGCACCGGAGCCGAUGUGCACCAGCAGUACUACAACCUGACGGUGCUGACGCCACCUCAACCGCCCCUAGUCGCACCCGGAACGAUAGCCGUUGCCACCGAGGAAAAGAAGCUGGAUUUGACCUGUAGCAGUAUAGGGGGCUCACCGGAUCCGACGAUAACGUGGUUCCGAGUGGGAUCGAACACCCCACUGCCGGCACCGAUCAACAAGGGUGGCUCGAAGGAUCUGCAGACGACGAGUACGCUAUCGGUACUGCCCCGCCGGGAGGACGACGGGGCCAAGUACCGGUGCGUGGUGUGGAAUCGAGCCAUGCCGGAGGGCCACCGUCUGGAGACGAUCGUCACGCUGUCCGUUAACUGUAAGUCAAAACGAUGACCCAACCGUCAAAACAUUGGAAAUAGUUAUGGUAAUUGAUUAGCACGAUAAGCAUAUACGUAACUGGGCAGGGGAGAACCUGUCCCUAGACCAGGGCCCAUAUAGCCGAGGCGGUAAACGCACGGGUAUUCAGCAUGACCAUGCUGAGGGUGACGGGUUCGAUUCCCGGUCGGUCCAGGAUCUUUUCGUAAAGGAAAUUUCCUUGACUUCCUUGGGCAUAGAGUAUCUUCGUGCCUGCCACACGAUAUACGCAUGCAAAAUGGUCAUUGGCAGAGGAAGCUCUCAGUUAAAAACUGUGGAAGUGCUCAUUGAACACUAAGCUGAGAAGCAGGCUAUGUCCCAGUGAGGACGUUACGCCAAGAAGAAGAAGAAGAACCAGUCCCCCUCUCCCACAAACACAAACUUUACAUAUGCAAAUACAAAACAAUUAACCCUUCUGGGAUGUUAGGCUGGGCGCAACCUGUCUGGGCCAUAUUGACCCCAACAUUCUACUAGGGUUAAAACCAGUAUCACAAUAGCAAAUAACGAUGGAAUCCAUUUAACUUGCGAAAGUGUAAAAGCGAAUACUUCUGUUUUUUAUUUCUUGAAAUUAAAAAUAUUUUCAGUCGAACUGUAAAAUCAAUCCACCUA